GUCGCAGGUUAUCUAAUCAACAACUCACGAUAUUCGCUCGGUCACUGGCGAUUGUUGUGGUCGUUGUGUUGUUUUUGAACUUAAUAUUAUUUCUUGUAUGCGUUGGCGGUAUGAAAAUUAAAAUUUUUGUAAGCCUCUUCUAAGUAACAUCAUCAAGAAACCUUAUCGAAAUGGGUAAUGGCAUGUGUAAAUCAGAAGCAGAACCCAGAGCUUUUGGGAUUGAUGGGUUUUGCCACAAGAUGUUAUUUAAUUACGUAAAACAGUGGAAAAGUUACCCAGACAAACAGCCUGAGAAAAUAAAAAAACGCGUUAAAUCUAGAAAAAAAACGAAGCCAACUAUUAGUUAUCCAAUCCCGGCGGAUCCAGAAAAAUUAGAAGGUGAUAAGUGGCGUUACGUUAUUUUGACCAGAUUAGACACUGAGAAACCAACUAGACCACCUCGACGUCAGCAAUGCCGGAGAAAUGAUAGUGUAAGAUUUUCAAUAAGUAGGAGAUGUUCCAGUAGAAGGAAAAAAUCUCAGUAUCAAUUAAAAACUAUCGAAAAAGAAUCUCAAAAUGGUCUCAAAUUAUCACGUGAUUCACAAGAUCUCAUUGAAAACCGAAGAAUAUAUGCAAAUUGGUUGAACAUUAUGUUCAUACCUGGGAGACUAGCACAUACAUGGAAUGAGUCCAAAUCGCCUACAAUCGAUCAAAAUACGGCGGUCAGGGAAAUCGUUUCUAGUAAAAAUAAAAAACCUCGAAGACGAACUACGAGUUACAUAAAAAUUUGGCUAAGAACCCAUCAACAACAGAAAUUAUUAGACCAGUCAAGUAAUGGUUUGUUUAGAUCUCUUGACCGAAUCAAUGUUAUGGAUAUUAUAAGUCAUAUCAAGGUCAUAUUCAAAUGUUUAUAAAAUGUGUAUAUUCUAUUUACAAAGUAAUCGCUUUAAUGUAAUUAUCAUAAGGUCAAAGAAAAAAAAAAAAUGCAUUGAAAAUUUAUUGGUUUUAAGGAAAUGCGUGUUUUUUUUUAAGUAAGACUUUCAAAAAAUAAAAAUUGUAAAAUUUCAAAACAAACUUAUAAAUAAAUGUUCGUACGUGUAAUGUGACUGU